AUAUGGUGCAGCAGUUAGAGUAUCUAGAAGAACUGAGGCCCAAAUUCUACUUUGCUAAUCAGCAGAGUUCAUUUGUCAUAUUUUUUUUAUUCCUUCUGCCUAUGUUGCUUCGUUCUGGACAAGAUUAGUGGAAAUCUUGUCCAAGAUAGGACAAGAUUAAGAUCUUUUACAAGAACAGAACAUACAAGAAUAAUAUGGUAGAGGCUCUUCUUUCUUUAGCUAUUGAAAGAAUUGCUGAUUUGCUUAUUGAUCAAGGAGUUUUUCUGCAUGGUGUAAGAGAGAAGGUUACUCGCCUACAAGAUGAACUGAAACGGAUGCAAUGCUUCUUGAAAGAUGCCGACAGAAGACAAGAACAAGAUGAACGUGUACGCAACUGGGUAGCUGAAAUAAGAGAUGUUGCUUAUGAAGUUGAAGAUAUCAUUGAUAUCUACAUUCUUAAUUCUGCAACAAGUAGCAGAAAAGGGAUAACCUCAUUUUUUACCAAAGGCCCUAAACUCCAUCAUAUUGGGACUAAGAUCAGAUGCAUAAGGGCUAAAAUUUGGGAGAUUUCUACUGGUAUGCAGACUUAUGGCAUCAAAUUUGCUGGUGAAGAAAAGGGAUUUAGUUCAGCAAGUGAAAUGCAACAGCGAUUAAGAAGAUCAGAUCCAUAUGAUGAGGAAGAGCAUGUUAUUAGCUUGGAAAGUUGCACAAGAGAUCUUAUGGCUCAAUUGAUGAUAGAGAAGAAUCAACUCCGUGUCAUUUCAAUAGUAGGCAUGGGAGGACUGGGGAAAACCACUCUUGCCAAGAAAUUGUAUAAUCAUAUUGAAAUUAAGCGACACUUUGACUGUUGUUCUUGGGCUUUUGUGUCUCAACAAUUUUCUCCAAGGGAUGUUCUGUUUGGAAUUUUGAUAGAAGUUGCUCCUGAAGAAGAUAAAAGGACAUUGGUAAGCAUGAAAGAGGAAGAGUUAGUUAAAGCACUAAAAAAUGUGUUGAAGGGGAAAAGAUACUUGGUGGUUCUUGAUGAUAUGUGGGAAGAGAAGGCGUGGGAUAGUCUCAAACGUGCUUUCCCAAGAGGAAAGAAGGGAAGCAAAGUUUUGUUCACCACUCGAAUCAAGGAGGUUGCUUUAUAUGCUGAUCCAUGGAGCUCAGUGGUAGAACCUGUUGGUUUAGAAGAGCAGAAAAUUAAGGAAGAGAAGAAGCUUCUUAUUAGCAAUGCAUUUCCUAAAGAUAUUGUACGGAAGAGUAGUUAUCCAUUAGAAUAUGAGAAGUUGGGGAAGGAGAUGGUGAGAAAAUGUGGAGGACUACCUCUUGCAAUUGCUGUACUUGGAGGUUUGUUGGCUAAUAAGUCAUUAAAGGAGUGGGAGCUGGUGCAAAAAGAUAUUAAUUCUCAAUUCAUCAAAUUGCAGCAGUCUUAUCAAUAUGCAGGAGUAAAUUGGAUACUAGCUUUGAGCUAUGAUGAUUUGCCGAGUCGCUUAAAACCAUGUUUCCUCUAUCUUUCCCAAUUUUCAGAAGAUUCAGAGGUUCAAAAGAAAACGUUGAUUAGAAUGUGGAUUGCUGAAGGCUUUAUAUCAUCUCCGCUAGGAGGAGGAGAUGAUACGAUGGAAGAUGCAGCUGAAAAAUAUUUAGAAGACCUUGCCAGUAGGUGUAUGGUUCAAGUGAGCCAAAGAGACCAUACUGGAACAAGAAUUAAAAAAAUUCGCAUUCAUGAUCUUAUGCGACACAUGUGUUUGUCUAAAGCAAGAGAAGAGAAUUUCCUCAAGAUUGCUGAACAUCGAGAGGACACCACAACAAAGAGUUCUUCCAAUACUCUGGGCAUAACAACAAAAUCACGCAGAAUUGCUAUUCAUCCUCGCAUACACCAACAUGAUGUUAAUAAGAAAUUUCGUACACCCUUGGUCAAAGGGGAUGCACACCUUCGUUCUCUUUUCUACUUUGCUGAAAGGUCCAGGUAUGGCAUGACAAGGCAACAAGCAGUAUUUCUUUUUAAGAAUUUCAGACUUCUUAGAGUCUUGAAUCUUCAAGGUGUAUAUCUAUAUGAUGGAUAUAGUUCUAAAGAAAUUUGUAACUUGAUUCACUUAAGAUAUCUUGGAUUGAGAAAUACUAGAUUAGGCAGAAAGAAUAGUUACAUGUAUUCUAUGUCCACUUCAUUGCCAGCAUCAAUAGGUAAUCUGAAGAGUUUAUAUACUCUUGAUUUAAGGGACAAUUAUUGGUUAAGGUUGGCUGAUGUACUGUUCAAAUUAGACUAUCUGAGACACUUGUUAAUAGAUAGAGAUGAUGUCGGGCAUUUGCGGUUGGAUACACUAAGAAAUCUUGAAACUUUGACAUGGAUAGAAGCUAAGAAUGUAAUUAGAAGAGAUGCAGUGUCCAAAUUGACUAAUCUUCGAAAUUUAGGAAUAUAUUUUGAGACAAGGGAGGAAGCUGAGGUGGUUCUACAAUCUCCAAUUUUUGGAUUAGGCCAUCUGCGAUCCUUGAAUAUGCGAAUGAGAUGGAAAAAUUUUCCAAAUCUGGAACCACUUUCUCAUUGUCAUCAUCUGACAAAACUGCAGCUAGAUGGAAGGAUUGAUGAUAAUGUACACUCUUCAUUUCAUAACCUGCAAUUUCUGCCAGCAAGUCUUACAAAGUUAAGUUUGUGUCAUUCUCAUUUAAAACAAGAUCCAAUGGCUACUCUAGAGAAGCUGCCUAAUUUGAGGUUUCUGUCUUUGGAUGGAGAUUCAUAUGAAGGGUCUGUAAUGGUCAGCUCUGCUUAUGGUUUUCCUCAACUUGAGGUUCUUAAACUUCGAUGCUUAGAUAAUUUGGAAGAAUGGAUAAUAGAAGAAGGUGCAAUGCUGAAUUUAAAGACUUUAGAUAUAGAUAGCUUGAGGCAAUUAAUAAAGGUUCCUGAAGGUUUGAAGUUCGCAAGUGCUCUUCAGGAAAUGAACAUACGUUGGAUGCCAGAAGCAUUUGAAAAGAGGAUUCGAGUUAUAAAUAAAGAAGGUGGCGAGGAUUUUGACAAGGUGAAGCAUAUACCUUCCCUCAUGUUCUAUCCUUGA